GAGAAAGAGAGGGAGAGGGGGCGGAGGAUGCGUUAGUGUGUGCUUAAGGAUGCGACGAAAGUGAUUCUUGCGAAGCCCAGGCGGAGAGUGGCAGUAUAUAAGAGGAGGAGGACCUAGGCAGGCACCAUACUCCACCAUGAAGCUCCUGAUUCUAGCCUCCUUGCUGGCGGCUGCUGUGCACGCCGCCCCUCAAGGCUACAGUCUACCCACCCCCUCAGGCGGAGGGUUCAUCUCUGGUGGUUCCGGUGGAGGAUUCUCGUCUGGUGGCGGAGGGUUUAUUUCUGGUGGUUCCAGCGGAGGGUACUCUUCUGGCGGCGGUGGCGGCGGAGGAGGAGGAGGAGGAGGAGGAGGAUUCAUUUCUGGCGGCGGCGGAGGAUUCAUUUCUGGCGGCGGUGGAGGAGGAUUCGUCUCUGGCGGCGGCGGGGGAUUCUCUUCCGGUGGUGGCGGUGGUGGGUACUCUGGAGGUGGUGGAGGAAUUUCUGGAGGCAGCUGUGGAGGCGGACAAGUCCGUCAUGUGGAUGGGAGUUGUGUGACUCCUCAGGUCACCAGAAACUUGUAUGUGUUCACAGCACCUCCAGUGUCACCAAUCACUGGCCCUCGACCCAACAUUCCUCUACCAAGAAUUCAGCACAACAUUCUGUUCAUCCACGCUGCAGAUGGAAUACUUAGUCAAGAACCCAUCGUCGUGCCACCUCCACUGCAGAAGAACGUUGUGUAUGUACUCAACAAGCGCACUCAGCUGGAUCAUCAAGUCGUGAAUGUGCCAGCACCUGAGCAACAGACUCCUCAGGUGUUCUUCGUCAAUUAUGCCGAAGGCGACAACCCGACGCUUCCUACUGGUGGGGACCUGCAGUCGGCUCUCAGCUCCGCGUCUCAGGGGGGUGGCCAGGUGAUUGGUGGAGGCGGCGGCGGCGGCGUUAUCGGAGGUGGCGGUGGCAUUAUUGGCGGCGGAAGUAUUGGAGGUGGCGGAGGCAUUAUUGGAGGUGGCGGCGGCAUUAUCGGAGGUGGCGGUGGCAUUAUUGGCGGCGGAAGUAUUGGAGGUGGCGGCGGAUCUGGAAUCGUAGCUCCAUCUGGCCAAUACGGUACACCGACACCACCGUCUAGCCAAUACGGUACACCAUGAGUACACUCCUAGGCUUUAUCACAGGACAGCGGCAACAUUCCCCAUAGCUCCACCUGUGCGUUCCUUGAAGUCAUCAGUCCAGCAAAAUUCCUGGAAUAAGGGACAGUUGUUGAUUAUACUACGCUUGGUAUGAGAAAGGAGUACAUAAUUGUAUUACAGUUAGAAUCAAAUUUGAAUUUAAAAACGUAAGUUUCUCAUGUUAUUGUUAAAACUGAAAUAAAGAAACAGGAUUUUUUUCUAA